AUGGAGUUCAUGGCGGCCCUCCGGGGCUCGUUUGACGACCAGAAGCCGUCGCUGUUUGAGCUGCUGUCGGAGCAGCAGCUCAGCUCGCUGCUGCCCCCAACACUGCGAUACCUUUUGACGGUGGCGACGCAGCGCUACCCGCGGUACCUGCUGCGGCCGCUCAACUCGUUUGACGAGCUGUACGCGCUGCUCAUGGUGCUUGUGGAGCGGCACUACCUGCUCACCCGCGGCGGCUCCUUCACCGAGCACUUCUACGGGCUCAAGCGCGAAAAGGCGCUCGAGGCCGAGGUCCCGCGCGCGGCGGCGAGCAGCCCGGCCGUGGUGCGCGACACGCUCAAGCUGACGACGGGCGACGUGUGGAAGAACCUCGCCGUCAUGGUGGGCAUCCCGUACCUCAAGCGCAAGCUCGACGACACGUACGAGGUCGAGGCGCCGCGCGCCCUGCUCGGCUCCAGCUACACGCGCAUGCCCGCCAACCCGUCCGUCAAGCAGCGCAUCCUCCACUACUACAAGUGGUUUGUCCGCAACGUCUACCCCAGCGUCCACGCCGCCUACUACUUUGCCAUCAUCGCCUUCAACCUCGCCUACCUCUUUGACGGCUCAAAGUACCACAACCCUUUCCUCUGGCUGAUCGGCACCCGUGUCCGCCGCAUGAACGGCGCAGACUACCACGCCAUCGAGCAGCUCACAAAACCCACCGCCGCUGCCCUGGCGGGUGCGGGCCGUCCGGCCCCCGGCGGGUUCUUCAACCCGCGCACCCUGGGGCCUCGCCUGCUCGGCAGUCUGAGCGUGCUACUCCCGACGAGCAUAUUCGCGCUCAAGUUCCUCGAGUGGUGGUACGCCUCCGACUUUGCAAAGCAGCUCUCGCGCAAGGCCGCCGAGACGUUGGAGCUGCCUCCACCGAUAAUAUCCGGGCUCGGCCUGCUGUCACCACCGCCAGCAUCACAAUCAACAUCAUCAUCGAAACACCCCGCCUCCACCAAUACACGCAACAACACAGACAGCGAGGAACCCGCAACCCAACAACCACAACCACAUCCCCUCGCCGAGAACGCCCCGAUAGCAACCCCCUCCCUCCUCCCGAUCCUGACAGUCCCCGCUCCAGAGGACUCCGAGGUCUGCCCGAUCUGCGAGGACGACAUGACGACGCCGACCGCGUGCCAGACGGGAGUCGUGUACUGCUACACGUGCAUCCACCGCUGGGUCGAGGGCGCCCACCCGAAGCAGGAGGCGUUCAUGGCCGGCGGCAGCAUCAGCGAGCCCGAGAGUGGCGGCGGCGGUGCUGGUGCAGCUGGUGGCAGUGGCAGCCGGGAAGGGAAAUGGGAGAGCGGCAAGGGCCGGUGUGCGGUCACGGGCCGCAGACUGCUCGGCGGGACCGAGGGCCUGAGGCGGAUCAUGUUCGGAUCGUGGCUAUCAUAA